GCUCCCACACGCAGCUCAACCCGACGAGGCGCGAGGGUCAUUUGGCCCUUUGCCCUUUCACUGUCCGCUCUUGGGGCAAUCCGCAAUGCCACCCUCCCUCCGACACUGAGCAAAACCCCCCGUGCGCGGUCUGCAGACGCUGAGGCGUGCAGCCCCCCCUUCCCCCCCCCGUGGCAAGAGCGCCGGCUCCGGGCUCCCUAUAACGAGUCAUCCCUCCGCGAGUUCUUCUUCUGCCCCCUUCCUGCUGCUCUUCCUGAGCAAUGAGCAAGUGAGUGGAGGAGCAAGACUGCGAAGAGAGAAGACAGAGUCAAGUCUAGAGUCUCUACUACUAGCAGCACACACAGCCAUGGACCCUCUGGCGUCGCCCGGUACCUCGGACGAGAGCUCCUAUGACGCUUCCACAGGCCCGACAACGCCCUCGUCCAGCCCCCUGUUUGGUCCUUCGGGAAUUGACGAUUUGGCUCUCUCGUUGUCGCAGUGUCUGAACGCGCGGGAGGGUGAGAAUGGGUCGUUUCACAGUGCAGGCACGGUGAAGAACGUGUGUGUCGUUGGUGCGGGAUAUGUUGGUGGCCCUACGGCGGCUGUACUCGCGCUGUACAACCCGUCGAUUACCGUCGAGGUGCUAGAUCGCGACUCGAAUCGCAUCGGACGGUGGCAGUCGCCACAUCUGCCGGUUCACGAGCCGGAUCUGGAUCGUAUUGUUCGAGUUGCCCGGGACGGGGCAGAGAUUCGGAGUGUCGAUGCCAUCCCUGCCGCCGUCAAACGGGGGGGGAAUCUCGUCUUCACCACGGACUCCGUCCGGAGCAUCUCCCAGGCAGAUAUCGUCUUUCUCGCCGUCAACACCCCAACCAAGACCUUUGGCGUCGGCGCUGGACGUGCGACCAAUAUGACGGCUACCGAUGCUGCUGUCCAGGAGAUCGCCAGGCACGCAAAACCAGGCGCCAUUAUUGUGGAGAAGAGCACCGUGCCGUGUGGGACCGCCCAGCGGGUCCGCCAAAUACUGGCGACCGUCCGCCCGGGCGUCCCCUUUGAAGUUCUGUCAAACCCCGAGUUUUUAUCCGAGGGCUCCGCUGUCGAGAACCUCACCCAUCCGGAUCGCGUGCUGAUCGGGUCGUCUGGCACCCCUGCCGGUCGCCGCGCCGCGCGUAUGCUCGCCAACCUGUACACCUCGUGGGUGCCUGUUUCGCGCAUUCUGGAGAUCAACACCUCGUCGUCCGAGCUGGCGAAGCUGGUCGCCAACGCCAUGCUGGCCCAGCGCAUCAGCAGCAUCAAUUCUAUCAGCGCCAUCUGCGAGCGCACGGGCGCCGACGUCGACCAGAUCUCCGCCGCCAUCGGGCGUGACGCGCGCAUCGGGCCCAAAUUCCUCAAGUCAGGCCUGGGUUUCGGAGGCUCGUGCUUUCGCAAGGAUAUCUCUAGCCUAGCCUACCUGGCCGAGUCGCUGGGCCUCGAGGAGGUCGCCCACUACUGGCGCCAGGUGAACUCAAUGAACGUCUACCAGCGCGACCGCUUCUCCCGCAAGGUCAUCGAUCGCUUCAACGGCAACCUCGUCGGCCGCAAGCUGGCUGUGCUGGGGUUUGCUUUCAAGAAGAACACGGGCGACACCCGGGAGUCGCUCGCGGUCGAUGUCAUCCGCUCCCUGCUCGAGGAGCGCCCCGCGGAGCUGGCCAUCUUCGACCCUUUCUGCCGCGAGGAGGAUAUUCUCCGCGAACUGGAGCCUAUCUGCGGUGUUGACAACGCCUUGCUGCCGCGCAUGUGCUCCGUCAAGGUCCACCCGGACGUCUACUCCGCCUGCUCCCAAGCCGAUGCCGUCCUCCUCCUGACCGACUCGGAUCAGUUCAAGAGCUCCCAGAACAAGACCUUCCCGAAGAAAGAGCCCGAGCCGGUUCCCACACAGAUCGCCUCCCCAAGCGAGGACGCGGUCGCUCUCUAUGAAGAAACCUAUGUGUCGUCCCGCGGGAUCACGUAUCACUUAACGCCGCAGGCGCCGUGUGGUGCCGAAUGCGCCGAGUGUCGGGCGCAGUCGAACCGCCCCGUGGCAACGGAGCCUGUCGAGUGGACGCGCAUCGCAUACUGUAUGAAAGAGCCGCGGAUGGUGUUUGACGGGCGCGGGCUGCUUGAUGUUGCCGAGAUGCAGACGCAGGGGUUUAGUGUCAUUCGCUUGGAUUCGGGACAUACAUAACUUUGUCUGUUGGACGUAAUUAGAUACCCUUUCUUUCUUCUUGUCUUCUUUGUCGGUAUAUAGACCGAAGACUUUUUUUUUUAGACUGUCAGUUAUGAGGCAUUUUCACGGUUUAGUUCGAAGCAACUCAAUAUACC